AUGUUCGGCAACCGCACGGCGACCGCCGCCACAAAGGCCAUCCCCUCGAUUCGAAGCUUUGCUACAGCUUCACCCGUCGCUACUGCUCGCAACCACAAAGUUGUUGUCGUUGGUGGUGGCUCUGCCGGUUUGACCGUCAGUCAUCAGCUUCUUCGAAACGGCCAAUUUGCUCAAGAUGAUAUCGCUAUUAUCGMCCCCGCCACAUGGCACCAUUACCAACCAGGAUGGACUCUCGUUGGAGGAGGCUUGAAAACCAAAGAAGAGCUCAGAAGACCGCUGGACAGUCUACUGGAUUCCAAGCUUAAGUUCUAUAACGAAGGUGUAGCUUCUUUUGCGCCUGAGGAUAACUCGGUCACCCUGAGCAGUGGCGGCAAGCUUAACUACGACCAUCUCGUUGUCGUGCCCGGCAUUAACGUCAAUUUUGACAGUAUCAAGGGCUUACCAGAAGCUCUCACAAACAAGGAAGCUCUGGUAUCGUCGAUUUAUGGUUAUGACACAUGCGACAAAGUUUUCCCGAAUGUGAAGAAACUACAGGGCGGUGAUGCUCUAUUUACUCAGCCCCUCGGUGUCAUUAAAUGUGCGGGUGCUCCGCAAAAGGUCAUGUGGCUUGCUUUGGAUCAUUGGAAAAGAGCUGGACUCUACAGUCCCGAAAAUACUGCCACUUCGCCGAUCAAAAUCAGCUUCGCUACCAGUCUUCCUGGAAUGUUCGGUGUUCCCAAGUACAGUGCCAAACUCGAAGAACUCCGGAAGGAACGAGGUGUUGAGGGUUUGUUUCAACACGAUCUUGUCGCCAUCGAAGGUAACACCGCCGUUUUCAACCGCCUGGAUAGCAAAGAUCAAAUCAAGAAGCACUUUGAUUUUUUGCAUGUCGUUCCCAAAAUGGGUCCUCACGCGUUCGUCAAGAACAGUCCUCUCGCCGACCAAGCUGGUUUCGUCGACGUUGAUCAAGCAUCUUUGCGCCACAAUAAAUAUGGCAAUGUGUGGUCUGCUGGUGACGCUUCCAGCCUUCCCACAUCCAAAACUGCUGCUGCCAUCACAUCACAAGCCCCGAUCCUUGUUCGUGGUCUGUUGUCAGUUAUGGAGGGCAAAGAGCCCGAGGGUACCUAUGACGGUUACACCUCGUGUCCUUUAUUGACUGAAUAUGGAAAGGUUCUUCUUGCUGAAUUCAAAUAUGGAGGAGAGCCAAAAGAGACAUUUGGAAGCCUCUUUGGCAUUGAUCAAUCUGAGCCUCGCCGUGCGUUUUAUCACUUGAAGAAGGAUUUCUUCCCUUGGGUAUAUUACAAAGCUAUGGUGAAAGGAACCUGGGCCGGACCUAAGGGGUUCAUCAACUAG